CAUUUGACCACUGACCACAGGACUAGCAUCUCACUUGCCCACCUUGUGAGGAGAACAUGAUCCCUCGGCCGUCGCCUUUGUGUCUGCAAGUGGCGCUGGCGGCUCGUACCUCGCUAGCUCGCCCAAGCUCAAAGCCGCCUUGCCACUCGUUAUUGAGCGGCUUCCGCCUGGGCGUACCCGGCUCAAGCAAGAGGCCGACUUCGCUAGCUACUGCGCCCCUCGCCGGCUACCAUACAAAGAGCAAUGGGCCUCUCUCGCCUCGAGGCAUGCUCUCAAGGACUCUGCCGCCGCCGCGGCUUCCUGCCCUCAGCUUCGCAAUGGGUCGAUUUGCCUCGAGCAGCACUAAAGGACCUCCCACAGAACCUCCCUUAGACCCCUCGAAACAGCCUGCGACCCGAGCUCCUUUAACAGCUGCAGAGCUGAGCCGCCUUCAAUCACAAGCUCAGCAGGCUCACUACUCGCAGCGCAACCGCUCUCUAGCCUACUACUCGCUCGCAACAAUCAUCUUUGCAGUAGGUCUCACAUAUGCAGCUGUUCCUCUCUAUCGGGCAUUUUGCUCCGCUACAGGUUUCGGAGGUGCUCCAAAGGUGGGAAUGGGAAAGUUCGAGCCUUCUAGACUGGUGCCUAGCAGUACGACGGCAGAAAGGAUACGAGUCACAUUCAAUACAGACUGCAGUGAUGAGCUGCCCUGGUCCUUUAAGCCGUCACAAGAGGAGAUCUUUGUCAUCCCCGGUGAGACGGCACUGGCGUUCUUUACUGCCAAGAGUAGGAGCAAGAAGGACAUUAUUGGUAUCGCUACCUAUAACGUUGCGCCAGACAGGAUCGCGCCCUACUUUUCCAAAGUGGAGUGCUUCUGCUUCGAAGAGCAAAGACUUCUAGCUGGCGAAGAGGUAGACUUGCCCGUCUUCUUCUUCAUCGACAAUGACUUCCUCGACGAUCCGAACGUGCGCGAUGUCAAGGACGUGGUGUUGAGCUAUACCUUCUUUGCUGCACGGAGGAACAAAAAGACGGGACAGAUGGAACCCGAUACUGAUCUGGAGAACUACUCCGUCGGGAUUGACUUGCCAGGCGUCAAGUGAAGAUGCACGCUGUGCCAGGGGAAGGAGAGUUGCGCAUACCGGCCCACUAUGUAUUUCUAAACAUUCUCACAAUCAUCGCCCACCAUUCCCCAACUGCCGGUCCCUGUCUCUUCGUCUUGGUGUACAGUCUUGCCUUGGCUGCCUGUACGCUCGCCUCUGCCUCGUCCCCUUUCCGUCGGCGGUUGGUGCGCGAAC